AUGGCAGCUGCUUCAGGGGAGCAAUCAGUCGUGAACAAAAACAAGAGGCAUCGCAAGGAGAAACCAUGGGACACCGAUGAUAUCGACCAUUGGAAAGUUGAACCAUUUCGACCUGAUGAUAACAAAGGCGGUGUCUUUACAGAAGAGUCAUCUUUCGCUACGCUUUUCCCGAAAUACAGGGAGAAGUACCUGAGGGAAGUUUGGACCGCCGUGACUAAAAUUCUAGACCUACAAGGUAUUGCGUGCACGUUGGAUUUGGUCCAUGGGUCCAUGUCCGUCCGGACGACGCGCAAAACAUUCGACCCAUACAUCCUACUCAAAGCAAGAGAUACUAUAAAAUUACUCGCAAGAGGGGUCGCAAUCACUCAAGCCCAGAAGGUUUUACAAGACGACGUAGCUUGUGAUAUCAUUAAAAUCGGUAACCUUGUUCGUAACAAGGACCGGUUCAUCAAACGGAGACAACGAAUCAUUGGGCCGGACGGCAGUACACUUAAGGCUAUUGAAUUAUUAACGCAAUGUUACGUUCUCGUGCAAGGAAACACCGUCUGCGUCAUGGGUCCAUACAAGGCACUAAAGGAAGUCCGGCGCAUAGUCGUGGAUUGUAUGAAAAAUAUCCAUCCUAUCUACCGCAUCAAGGAACUGAUGAUAAGGAAGGAACUUGCAAAGGAUCCGAAGUUGGCAACAGAGUCCUGGGACCGGUUCCUACCCAAGUUUAGGAAGCAACGCCUGAAAACCUCUGAUAAGACGACCAAGAAGAACGAGAAGCUCGCAGCUAUGAAAACAACGAAGAAAAUAUACACACCCUUCCCUCCGCCACAGCAACCACGAAAGGCAAUUUACAUUGCCGCUGUUUGUCGAGUAGCGCUGACGUUAUAUGUCCAGGUUGACCUUCAGCUUGAGUCAGGAGAAUAUUUCCUCAAGCCCCAUGAGCGGGAGGCCCGGGAAGUGCGACGAAGAAAACAAAAGCAAGCUGAAAUGAUGUUGAGACGACGAGCGGAGCGGGCAAAAGUAUGCAUCGCUCCCGAAGAAGAGACAGCCCCUACGAUUGAAAAGAAGCGAAAGCGACGUCAUACAGAAGUGGAUGGCGACGAUGGGACGGCGAAGUUGAUAAAAAAGAAAAAGGACGUUGUAGAAGGUAGUGAGCCGUAA